UAUAUAAUCAGAAUGUUCCAUUUUGCUUCACUGCGCCUGGCCCUACAGUUUCAUAUAUAGAUACUGAUACAUUUAUUAUACUUUUAUGAAUUUUAAUUUUCACUUUUAUUUUUCUUCUUACUUUCAAUAAUUUUGAUAUAUAUCAUGGCUGAAAUUUUGAUUUGUUAGGGUUAGGAGGUUUGGAUUCAUCCAGAAAUCAGGGCGAUCAAAGGAAAUAUUAGGUUUUCCCACCUGUGUUCAUUGCCGCCAUUUCUUCCUAUGCACAUACAUAUAAAUUGUAUUAUACAGAUAAUGUAUCUGUAAAAGUUCGUUUCAGUUUGUGUAACUUGCGUAAUGAUCAAUUAGAGGAUCUAAUACUUUAUCCGAAAUCGCAUUUUUCUUCAGGCAAUUGUGCGUUUUUUGGGGGGUCAAUUGUCGGUUUUUAGGGUAUUGGGUGAUGUUUAAUCGGUUUUGAUCGUUUAGGAAAGCUUGUUAGUCAUUUUCAUCAAAGCGAUCACAUUUAGGGGUUUGAUAAUUUGAAUUUGUGAGGAAUGGAUAAGAAGAAGGUGUUGGUCCCACUUGUCUGCCAUGGCCACUCUCGGCCUGUCGUCGAUUUGUUCUACAGCCCGAUAACGCCGGACGGAUUUUUCCUCAUCAGUGCUAGCAAGGAUUCGAAUCCGAUGCUAAGAAAUGGUGAGACUGGAGACUGGAUUGGAACGUUUGAAGGUCAUAAGGGUGCAGUGUGGAGUUGCUGCCUCGAUACUAAUGCUUUACGUGCUGCAUCUGGGUCUGCUGAUUUUACUGCGAAAUUAUGGGAUGCAUUGACUGGGGAUGAACUGCAUUCUUUCGAACACAAACACAUUGUUCGGGCAUGUGCCUUCUCAGAGGAUACACACCUUCUACUCACUGGUGGUUUUGAAAAAAAACUUCGCAUUUUUGAUUUAAAUCAACCUGAUUCACCUCCAAAAGAAGUCGAUAAUUCUCCUGGUUCAGUCAGAACCGUUGCAUGGCUCCACAGUGACCAGACCAUAUUGAGUUCCUGCUCCGAUGUUGGGGGCGUGAGGUUAUGGGACGUGAGAAGCGGAGCAAUUGUCAGAACACUUGAAACCAAAUCAUUUGUAACCAGCGCUGAAGUGAGUCAGGAUGGUCGCUAUAUAACUACUGCUGAUGGGUCUACAGUCAAUUUUUGGGAUGCAAAUCAUUUUGGAUUAGUGAAGAGCUGCAAUAUGCCCUGCAAUGUGGAAUCGGCUUCAUUGGAACCAAAGCUGGGUAAUAAGUUCAUUGCUGGAGGAGAAGACAUGUGGAUUCAUAUUUUUGAUUUUCAUACCGGAGAAGAGAUUGGAUGCAACAAGGGCCACCAUGGUCCCGUCCACUGUGUUCGAUUUUCACCUGGAGGCGAAUCCUAUGCAUCGGGAUCUGAAGAUGGAACCAUUAGAAUAUGGCAAACUGGCUCUUUGAGUCAUAAUGAGCAAGAAACAUCUUCAAAUGGGCCAACCGGAAAAGUGAAGGUUGCAGCUGAUGAGGCUAUUCAAAAGAUUGAGGGCUUUCAUAUUGCCGAAGGUCAGUCUGAAGAGAAGGAAAUGGUAGAAAAUUGACAAGGAACAACUAAACGUGUUUUUACCCAGCCUGAUCUGUGAGUUGAGAGCUUGUGGGUGUGACUCUGGUGGAUUAUUUUGCUCCAAAAUGGUAGCAAACUUCUUUCGGUAAUACUUUCUCUUGAUCUUUUCUUAGAAAGGGCGUCCAAAGAAUUCACACACAGGACAAUUACUUGAGAAAUCUUGGUUGAGAAAAUAGUGUAGAAUUUCAAAAAUUGCCUGCAGUUUACUAGCUUUUUCAAAAGAGUCACUGAAUCAACAGGAUUUGAGGUCUCCGUACUAGAACUUAAUAACAGGAACAUAUUUAAGGAACUUCUACAAAGCCUGUUAGGCAGUCACUUGUAAUAAUAUAUUUCUAUUAGAUUUUGUGUU